AUGAAGCCACUUUAUGUACUUUUUGGAGUCCUACUCCUUACUACUUUGACGGUUGCGAAGCUGGACAUCCGCAACCGAUUUGGUAUUACACCGAUCGUGGAAAAACUCCAAGAAGCGCAUGAUCGAUUGCACGAUAACAUCUUCGGGGAAAAAGUAGUGGAUUCACCAGCUGCCAGUGAAACAGCGGACAACUCUGACGGAGCUGACACCCCCGAUGCCUCUGAAGAUGCACAACCCGAGUCUGAGGUAUCCACUGACGAUGAGCAACCAGAGUCUGAUGCCCCCCCUGACGAAGCACCUGAAACACCUGCUGGUGACAACGAAGAAGCUGACCCUCAGGUCGACAUCCCUCAUCAAUCUGGGAUUGCACCGAUCUUGGAAAAAUCUCGAGAGUUCAAAAAUAAAUUAGCAGAAAACGUAGAAAAAUUGCAGGAAGCGGGUCAAAAACUUCAGGACGAUAUUGUGGAAAAAUUGCGAGAAGCACAUCAAAAACUUGAAGAUGGCAUCUUGGAAAAGUUGCAAGAAAUCCGUCAAAGACUGCACGACGAAACCGCCGAACCUAAAGUUCAACCGAUAGUGGAAAAAUUGCAAGAGGCUCGCCAGAAACUUGAAGAUGACAUCAUGGAAAAAUUAUUAGAGAUGCGCCAAAAACUGACCGAUGCUACUGUCGAAAAUAAAGUAGCCGCGAACCUGGAGAAAUUGAGAGAGGCACGCCAAAAACUUGAAGAUGACAUCCUGGCAAAAUUGGAAGAGGCGCAUCAAAAACUUCACGAUGGUAUCGCCGAAAAUAAAGUAGCACCGAUGGUGGAAAACUUGCAAGAAGCCCGUCAAAAGCUUGAAAAUGACAUCGUGGAAAAAUUGCGAGAGAUACGCCAAAGACUGCAGGAUGAAAUUGAGGAAAAUAAAGAACAACCGAACGUAGGAAAAUUGCAAGAAGCGCUUCAAAAACUUUUAGAUGAUAUCUUGGAAAAUAAAGUGGCACCGAUCUUGGAAAAAUUACGAGAGACACGUCAAAAACUACAUGAUGCAAUCUUCGGAAAUAAAGAAGUUGAUGCCGCUGAUGGUUCCGAUGCACAACCCGACUCUGAUGUAUCUACCGACGAUGGACAAGCCGAAUCUGAUGUUCCUACUGACGAUGCGCCUGAAACACCGGCUGAUGAAAAUGGCACUGAAGAUGAAUCACCAGCACCAGAAGAAUCUGAACCCGAAUCUCCGGUAGAGUCCAAUGACUCUGUUGCCUCCGACGCCUCUAACGAUGCACAAGAAGAACCUAUUGCCGCUGCUGACGAUGCACCUGAAACACCUACUGAUGACAACAAUGUCGAUGAAGAAUCUCCAGCACCAGUCGAAUCUGAACCCGAAUCUCCAGCAGAUUCUAACGACCCUGACGUUUCUGACGCAUCCGAUGCCUCUGAGGGUUCUGACGCCUCUAACGAUGCAGAAGCCGACUCUGAUGCAUCUGCUGAUGACGAGCAAUCGGAAACUGAUGUACCUGCUGAAGACGCACCUGAAACACCCGCUGAUGACAAUACCGCCGACAAAGAAUCACCAGCACCAGCUGAAACACCUGCUGAUGAUAAUAAUGCCGAUGAAGAAUUACCAGCACCAGGUGAAUCAGAACCCGAAUCUCCAGCAGAUUCUAACAAUUCUGACGCCCCCGCUGAUUCUGACGCAUCUACUGACGAUUCACAACAAGAGCCUGCUGUGGCUACUGACGGCGAGCCUGAGAAACCUGCUGAAGAUAACAAUGCUGACGAAGCAUCACCAGUUCCAAGCGAAUCUGAACCCGACGGGGCACAACCCGACUCCGAAGUAUCUACUGAUGAUGGACAACCGGAGUCUGCUGACGAAACACCUGAAGUUCCUAACGCACCUGCCGAUGGCAACGACGCUGAGGAAGCAUCACCAGCACUAGGCGAAUCUGAACCUGAAUCCCAAGCAGCAGAAGCUGAUCCAUCUGAGGAAACUGGAAAUCAACCUGAUAAACCAGCUCAUAAACAUCAUCGUGGAUGGCGCCGUGGAGGACACCGUUGGGGCAGACGAGGAGAUCGCCGUUGGGGCAGACGAGCAGGUCGUCUUUGGGGUAGACGAGGAGGCCGACGUUGGAGUCCUCGGUUAAUUCGUCCUUGGCAGGCACGUGUACCGGGCAGUCAACAAUCUGAGAAGCCGAGCAUCAGGAAUUUAGCCUCGAAAGCUCUUAAGGCAAGGCAAGCAAUAUUGGGUCGUGCCAUAAAUAAACUUGAACGUCGAAAUUAA